UGCUGAUACAGUGCAGGUAGGAUGCGCCAUCUUGGGAUGGAAAGUGAUAAAAUUAAAACGCUUUAAUUAACAUAUAGUGGAAGACAAAAAUGAAGGAAUACUUCAAACAUGUAUGCAUCGAUAGAAUUCAGCAUCAGGGGUCUAAUCAGACAGAUCUUCCCAAGUCAUCAUCUAGGGCCAAAAGGAAAUCUGUUCACUUGCCAGAUGAAAAUGAGCCUCAGCAAAAGAGAUCAAGAACACAGAUGACACAAGACAAUCAUGACCUUGCAGAUUCAACUAAACUAGUUGGAAACAACAACCAGCACAGUGGAUGCUGGAUCGUAAAGAAGGCAUACACCAAACAUUUAUCAUACUUGGGUGCACUGAAAUUGCUGGAGACCCAGAAGUCCUUAUUCCAGUUGCAGUCGGUGGACUUUAGAGCUCAGCUUCAGGGGUCUAAUCAGACAGAUCUUCCCAAGUCACCAUCUAGGGCCAAAAGGAAAUCUGCUAACUUGCAAGAUGAAAAUGAACCUCAGGAAAAGAGAUCAAGAACACAGAUUACACAAGAGAAUCCUGACCUCUCAAAUUCAUCUAAACUUCCGACUAAACAUGUUGGCACUGCCCAUUUUGUGAAUGAGUAUGAGGAGGGAGAACUGCUGGGCGAAGGAGGAUUUGGCUGUGUGUUUGCUGGUAUUCGCAAAGCAGAUGGAUUGCCAGUUGCAAUCAAGUAUAUUUACAAACAGAAAUCUAAACAACUGAAAAUUCCUGGACAUGGUUACCUGCCCACUGAGGUAGCUUUGAUGUCUAUUGUGAACACUGAACCAUUCUGUUCCAACAUCCUGCGGAUUCUCGAGUGGUACGAUGAUCUUGACAACUACAUCAUGAUACUGGAACGGCCUGAACCAUGUGAGGACUUGGAUCAAUUCCGCAAAAGGCAUGGCAGCUGCUUGCCUGAGUUUAUGGCUCGUAAACUGAUGUUUCAGCUGUUAAAGGCGCUGAAGCAUUGUAAAAGCCGAGGAAUUCUGCAUCGCGACAUCAAGCCAGAAAACAUCCUAGUUCAGACAGACACUCUUAAUAUCAAGCUGUUUGACUUUGGGUGUGGAGACUUGGUCAAGGACUGUUACAAUACAUUUGCAGGCACGUUAGACUACGCUCCGCCUGAGUGGUACAAUAAGAAACAGUAUUUGGCAGACCCAGCUACUGCCUGGUCUGUGGGUGUGACAAUGUACAAGCUGGUGUGUGGCUCUCUGCCUUUCAAGACCAGGAAUCAAUUGAGACUUGGCUUUGUGCACUUUCCCAAAAGCAUGUCUCAAGAGUGCAGUCAUUUGAUCCGUUGGUGUUUGCAUGUGAAAUCAGAAAUCCGUCCCAGCCUGGAACAGAUAGAGCAUCACCAGUGGUUUCACUUAUCAGGUAUUUGCAGUGUUCUUUUGCUGCCACAUUCUUUAUGAUAAUCAUUUUUUAAAUACACGACAGGAUCCUGUAAUUCAUAAAGUAAUUCUGUCCUUCAAAUCUUUCCUCUGAUUUAGGGUGAACAAUACAAACUGCUGGACAGGAGACGAAGACGCU